GGCAUCGAUCCAUUCCUACCAGAAUGGCGCGGCUGCUUUCGAAGUGGGCUCUGUGGAUUUCCUACGGGGCAGACAAUCAUGGUCCAUAUCCGCUCAUCAACCUACAAAGAACCCGAAAAACCCUAGCUUCCCUCAAAUUAUCCUCCUCCUCAAGUAGCAGCAGCAGCAGCACCACUGCCGCUGAAUAUCUUCGGUUAAGUGAUGAGGAGCUGAUGGCUCAGUGCGAGAUGGACACCUUUAAAUCCUCCGGGCCCGGCGGACAGCACCGCAACAAGCGCGAGUCUGCUGUCCGUCUGAAGCACCUCCCCACCGGCAUUAUAGCCCAGGCUGUAGAAGACAGGUCGCAGCACAGGAAUCGUACGUCUGCAUUGUCUCGUCUCCGCAUUCUAGUGGCCUUAAAAGUCAGGAAUACUAUAGAACUUGAUGGAUAUAAACCUCCUUUAGAACUUCUUCAAAUUCUUCCUGCUAAAUCAACAAUCAGGGGAUCUGAAGUUGGCCCUCAAAUUGGUCCUAACAAUCCAAAGUUCACUCUGGGAAUGCAGGCUUUAUUGGAUUUAGUCUCUACCGUUGAGGGUUCAGUUUCAGAGGCAGCAAAAAUCCUGGGGCUAAGUACGGGCGCCCUGUCAAGGCUCAUACUUUCAGAUGAUUCUCUCCGAGCUGCAGUAAAUGAACUCAGAACAUCCAAGCUUUUCAUUCAGGGCCUGAAACCUCUCAAGUGAGUUGUUGAAAUUCGCAGAAGAAGCAUAUGGAUUAGUUUUUCAUCCAGGGCAUGAAACCUCUCAAGCGAUAGUUGAAAUUUGCAGUAGAAGCACGUGGAUUUGGUAAUUUGUAAGUUUCCUCUUGAUAUCUGACACAUUGAAAUUAAGAUUCAUUUCUAAACAAUUCUUGUAGAACUUCUCCUGUUUUUUCUGCUAUACUGGUCUUUUUAAUCAUAAUUGGAGCAUGCUUCAGUUUGUACUUCCUGGUAUACUAAGGCAUCAUUAAAUUUAUUUUUUAUUUAUCUUAUGUUGGGAUAAUAUCUCCUAAUUUUUUUGCCAUAUUGAGUCAAAAACUACCGCAAGCAUGUCUUUUAACCUCCGCCCUCCUGAAGCAGAGCAAAAUCCCCAAUCACGAGGAAUCAAACAUCCAUAAAAUAUCAUAAAGUUGGCAUACUCUGUUCAAGUGAAAAAAAGUUGGAUACUUUUCCCAUAAUAUGCUUGGAAAAGGCUAGUUUCUCAUGGCAAUAUAAAGAUUGUGGUCUAAGGAUGUGGCUUCAAAAAUGGAAAUCAUGAAUCAAAGCAGGCAAAAUCAAGUCUCUUUUUUCACUUGCUAGUUUUGUACUCAGAAACAAAAGUAAGAAUAAGUUUCCUCAUAUCAUUCAUCUUCUAGAGUAAUAGCUUCUUGCCAUUAGCGUAUUACUCAAUAAGUCACAUAGCAAUCCCACAUUCAUAUCAUCAUUCAACCAAAAUUAUAUGAUUUAUA